UUUUCAUUUUAAACUCUUUUUUUCUGUCACCUUCUGUGUGUCUUUGUUGUUGUUGUUGUCGUCGUCGUCAAAUAAAUAUUUCGUCAAUGUGAAAAUGAAUUAUCAGUAAUAAAUAAACGAUUAGUUGGGUGAAGUGGCAUUGUAGUAGACAUAUAGUUGAAUCGUAUAAACUUCUUUUUUUCCGCUCGACUUGAGAAUUAAAUGUGAAAAUUACAAGUGUUACAAAUUACAAAAGUUAAAUUUUACGGAAAUUAAUAGAAAAAUCAGAAUUCGGGUCCAAGGAGAGAAACAUUUUAUUGAAUUUUAGAAAGAGGAUAGAAUAAAACGGAACAUCAUUCAAAUAUCUAUAAAUAAAAACGUGCCGAUAACCGAGCAGAGAAAUAGAUAGACAGAGAAAGAAGAAGAAGAAGAAGUGAAUCGGUGUCCACCUGGCGUUUGUUGCCCACGAUCGAAAGUGAAUUUUAAUUAAAAACAAUUCGCGCACAUACAAAAAAGGAAUAUUGAACAUAUUUACAUAUUGUGACCUCCCCCGUUCACAACUUCAUAGCUGCAUUUCAUUAGCCAUAAAUAUAUAGAAGAAACAAAUUUUUUGUUGCUGUUUUCAAAAUUAAUACAAAAUGAGUCUGAACGCAUUCGAUAUGAACGUACAAUCGUUGACCGACAAACGAUUAACCGCUUGUCUAUUGUUGUUAAUUCUAGAGCUCUUUUUCGACGGAGCUGAAACAGCGGCGUCACAACAAGAGGUCGAUCGUCAUUUAGAAUUAGGAAAACAAUUUUUAGUCAAUGGUCAAUUAAGCGAUGCGUUAACACAUUAUCAUGCAGCUGUUGAGGGUGAUCCGCACAAUUAUUUGAUAUAUUAUCAACGUGGUACGGUUUAUUUGGCAUUGGGAAAGGCAAAAUUUGCAUUGAACGAUUUAACAAAAGUGCUUGAAUUGAAGCCCGAUUUUUUGGCUGCACGAUUCCAACGGGGCACUGUACAUAUGAAAGUCGGUGAUUAUGCGAGUGCCGAACGUGAUUUCUACGAUGUACUACAAUUGGAUCCAUACCAUCAAGAUGCAAAUUAUUGGUAUAGCCGUGUACAACCGUCACGUGAACAAUACGUGUACAUUUUGGAAUCGAUUCAAUACAAUAAUCAUCCGAAUGCCAUACAAUUGAUGACACAAUUGCUUGAAGUAUCGCCAUGGUCAAAGGAGUUGCGUGAAAUGAGAGCCGACAGUCAUAUUGCCGUUGGUGAUAUUUUAUCGGCUGUAUCCGAUUUACGUUCGGUAAAUCGUUUAACACAAGACAGUACCGAAGGAUAUUACAAAUUAUCACAUUUAUUAUAUCAAAUUGGUCAUGCAAGCGAUGCAUUAAAAGAGGUUCGUGAAUGUUUAAAAUUGGAUCCAGAGCACAAAGAUUGCUUCCCAUUUUAUAAGAAAAUUAAAAAAGUGGAAAAAGCAUUAGUUGACGCACAUCAAUCACUUGAAAGUGGUGAAUAUGAAGAUUGUAUCGAUGCCACGAAAAAAGCACUUAAACUUGAAACCGAAAUUCCAAUGAUCAUUUUCAAUGCCAAGCAAUUAUCGUGUACGUGUCAUGUUAAAGGUGAAAAAUAUAGCGAUGCCAUUGGACAAUGCCGUGAAGCUCUUGAAUUGCAAAAGGAUCCGAGUGUACUGUGUGACCGAGCCGAAGCAUACAUGGAAACCGACAUGUUCGAUGAUGCCAUUCACGAUUACCAAAGUGCACUUGAAAUGGAUGAACAUUUGCAGCGGGCCAAAGAGGGUUUGGAGAAAGCAAAAGCACGGCAAAAACAAGCCGAACGUCGUGAUUAUUAUAAAAUAUUGGGCGUGUCAAGAAAGGCAACCAAACGCGAAAUUGUCAAAGCCUAUCGAAAGGCCGCACAAAAAUGGCAUCCAGACGCGUAUCAAGGCGAUGCGAAAAAAGUCGCCGAAAAGAAAUUCAUUGAUGUUGCGGCCGCCAAAGAAGUGCUUACCGAUGAUAAAAAACGAGAACAAUUCGAUAACGGUGAAGAUCCACUCGACCCAGAGGCUGGACAAGGAGGAUUCCGUGGACAAAAUCCAUUCAAUCAACAUUUCUACCAUGGAUCACCGUUCCAAUUUAAAUUUCACUUUAACUGAGAACAUAUAUAUAUACACACACUCCUCCUCAUUUUCUUGUGAUCUACAUGACAAUGUCUUCAAUUUUACGGCUUCAAUCGUUUUUUUGUUGGUUCUUUUUUUUAAAUUGUGAACAAAAUUCGGCGUUACCGUUGUUUGGUUUUUUAUACAAACACAAAAUAAUAUAUUGUAUAUCUCAAGCGUCUCAUAUCCAACAUGAAAAUGAGAAAAUUUAAUUACCUAGUAUGAUAACACAAACACACACACAAAAUUCAAAGAAAAAGAAUUGAUAUUGCAGCGCACUUUGUUGAACAAAUGCAAAAACGCAAUGUUUUUUUUUUUUGGGUUUGUUUUCGAAAGUGACAAGAAGAAAAAUGAUUAUAAAAACAAACAAAAUUAACAACAAAAUUGAGAAAAUAACUGAAAUUCGAGUAUAGAGUUUAACUUACAUAAAAUAAGGCAAAGAAAAUUGUGAAAUUUUCUGAAAAAUACAUCAUUUUAGGUGAUGAUAAUGAGAAGAGAAAAAAAAAUUGUAAAUA